AUGGGGAAAGGGAAGAAUAAAUCUAGUGAGGAUAGACUGAACAAAAGUCGAACUUCAAAUGGGCAUAAAGCCAAACAACAUCACAUACGAAAGGGAAGACAAGAAGUGGCGGCAUCAUCAUCAACAUCAGUUGCCACUCCUUUAUCCUUAACAUCGCAAGACACUUCUCUUCCUCAAUCAAAGCACAAGUUUCCCACUAAACUUGCCAUGUGGGAUUUCGAUCAUUGUGAUCCCAAGAGAUGCAGUGGUAAGAAACUCGAACGGUUAGGUCUCAUAAAGAAUUUACGUGUAGGACAAAAAUUUCAAGGUGUCGUCGUUAGUCCUAAUGGUAAAUCCACAGUUUGUCCAAAUGAUAAAGAUAUUGUUGAAGAGAAUGGUGCGGCGGUGGUGGAAUGCUCAUGGGCAAGAUUGGAUGAAGUACCGUUUGGUAAAAUUGGUGGUAAACAUGAACGUCUUUUACCAUAUUUAGUUGCUGCCAAUCCAGUAAAUUAUGGACGUCCGUGGAAAUUGAAUUGUGUUGAAGCACUAGCUGCCUGCUUUGCUAUAGUUGGUCACACAGACUGGGCUGAGUUGUUGCUUGAGAAUUUUUCGUGGGGGCCAACAUUCUUGAAAAUCAAUGAGGAGUUGUUGCAAGUGUAUCAACAAUGUACUGAUUCUGAAUCGGUAUUAAAGGCGCAGGAUGAGUGGUUAGAUAAGAUUGAGAAGGAGGCUAAGGAGAGAAAAGAACAAGGUCAGAAGGAAGAUAUUUGGAUGAUGGGCAAUGUGAAUAGAAACAAUGGCGGAUUGGAGAGCGACGAAGAAGAGGAGGGGGAUGAGGAAGACGAAGAGGACGACCUCGAUGAUGAUGAUGAUGUGGAGUAUGACACCUUAGGGAAUGUGAUACCAAAGAAAAAGACUGAUACUCUAGAGAAUAUUAUAGAUAACACAAGUGAUCAGAAUGAACUUGAGUAUGAUGCAUCGGGUACUGUCGUGAACAAUAAAUCCUUGGAGGAGGCCGUUUAUGACAAAUUGGGAAAUCUUGUCACCAAAAGCGACGUAACUAACCAGCUAAACUCAUUGAGUAUAUAG